AUGUUGUUGAAUCGAGUUAUCCUCAGCCGCUCCACAAACAUCAUUCACAAUUCCCCCCGCCCGUUUCGCAGCUCUCUUCCAACCUCAAGCAGAGUUGCCACCGCUUGCAAUUCCCACCCGCGACGGCAAGCUUCACAAUCAGCAGAAUCUCAAGAUGACACAAAUAGCGGGGGUCCCCCUGAUGCAGAAGAGGAGUCCGCCCUCUCGCGGCGUUUCACGGAAAUGACUGAUGAAGCCAUGACAUCCUCACCCCGCAAAGCUGCGAAAAUUACCUCUGAAAACGUCUUAUCCGAAGACCUAAAACGAGAGCUCGAGGAACGAAUUGCAAAGGCACAGUUCAAUACCACCCAUGCACAAGCUCUUUCAGUAUUGGACCUCCCAUCCGGGGCUCCAAAACAGGUCCGGGACAUUGCAGCCGCUACACCAUGGACAGGUACAGAGUCAAUCGAGAAUGCCGUUCUCCGUAUGGUUGUUGACACCCACAAGCCUCCCCGGGGUGAACCAGUGCGGAAACCAAAGCCGCAAACACCGGGAAACGUGGGCCCCAGUCCUAUCCGCGCUUCCAAACCCCAAUCCGCAUCCCAAAGGAUUGCCUAUGCCCGAGAGAAAACGACAGAGUACACUUUGAAUAAGUCCGAUUCGCUAUCUGAAGACGAAAAGUCUGAGGUUCGAAACAUGUUCCGGGAGAGAUUCAUGCCCGAGGGAAGACCUGUCGCUUCGUUGAACGCCAUUGCUUCGCUCGCUGACGAGAAGAUUGAGGAGGCUCGCGCUAGGGGUCAAUUCAAGAAUUUACCGAGGGGGAGGCCAUUAGAGAGGGAUCAUAACGCCGAUUCACCGUUUUUGGAUACGACGGAGUACUUCAUGAAUCGGAUCAUACAGAGGCAGGACAUCGUCCCACCCUGGAUAGAGAAACAGCAAGAUCUUGCUAAGGCAGUGAGAGUAUUCCGUGAGAGGCUUAGGGCAGAUUGGAAACGACAUGUUUCUAGGAUAAUUUCCAGCGCAGGCGGAAGUAUUGAUGAGCAGUGCCGACGAGCGGAAGAGUAUGCAGCUGGCGAAGCACGCUUAGCAAGGAUUGAAGACAGAGCGAAGAAGCUCGAGCGAGGUGAAGAAGUAGACCCUUUAGAUGAGGACGUCACCAACAGAUGCAGCGGCACAGCAGUAUUUCGAGACCCAACAUGGGAAAAGACCGAACUUCAAUAUCACAAACUCGCCAUAGGGAACCUCAAUUCCAUCACAAGAAGCUACAACCUUAUGGCCCCAGAACUUGUUAAGAAGCCGUACUUCACUCUGGAGAGAGAGGUGAAGAUCUGCUUCCGGGAUACAGCCCCGUUGAUCCCAGAUGUGAUUCGGGAGCGGGCGAAGAUAUCGCCCCAGAAGGUUGCUGAGUUUCAGAGGGGUUCUAACCCCGGCCCAUUGCUCGAGAAAUUCGGAGCCUCAGGGAAUGUGGUGGUGUACGACAGCACGAAGCCAAAUUACGGGUUCAAAGAGUUGUUUAAGGAUGUAUUUUCGGGGUGGAAGUGGGGGAAGCAGACAACAUGA